AUGGAUCUUCCACCUGGAUUAGACACUAACACCAAGGGACAAGUCUGUAAAUUGACUAAAUCUUUAUACGGGCUGAAACAGGCUAUUAGACAAUGGUUUGAAAAGUUAUCUACCUUUCUUGUUUCUGCUAACUAUGUUCAAUCUAAAUCUGAUCACUCUCUUUUUGUCAAGAAAACCUCCAUAGAUUUCACAUCUUUACUUGUAUAUGUAGAUGACAUUGUCCUAACAGGAAAUUCAAUGAAUGAGAUGACUCACAUAAAGGCCCUCUUACAUCGACAGUUCCAGAUAAAAGAUCUAGGAGAACUCAAGAACUUUCUGGGAUUUGAGGUUGCUAGAUCUAAAAAGGGGAUACAUCUCUACCAAAGAAAGUAUGCCCUUGACAUCCUUGAAGAAACAGGAAUGUUGAGAAGCAAACCAUGCUCUACACCCUUUUUGAGCAACGCAAACUCAUUAUAUAAAACAGAGAAUUAUAAGGAUAAUCCUAGUGCCUAUCGCAGAUUAAUAGGGAAGAUUUUCUAUUUGACUAAUACUAGACCUGACUUGUGUUUUACUGUUAACUUAUUAAGUCAGUUUAUGCAGGAGCCUACAAAUUAUCACUAUCAAGCCUUGCAACAUAUUCUAAGAUAUGUCAAAUCCAGCCCUUUAGAAGGACUCUUCUUUGCAGCUGACUUUGACAUACAGAUUAAAGGGUUUAGUGAUUCGGAUUGGGCCACUUGCCCUAACACAAGAAGGUCAACUACUGGUUACUGUGUUUUCCUAGGAUCCUCAUUGGUUUCAUGGAGGUCAAAGAAACAAAGUACUAUAUCAAGAUCAUCUACUGAGGCAGAGUAUCGUGCUCCUGCUGCCACUGUUUGUGAGAUGUAG